UGCUAGCUGUACUUUUUACACUGACACUUUCAGACUAAGGAUUUCCCCUCCUUUUAUUCUGAUGGUGUCUACAAAAACACUGCCAGGCUACCUACAGUAUAAAAUCUUAAAACUCCAUGUGGUGUUGUGAGCUAGUAGCAGAUGGAGUUUUCUUUGCAUCUGCUGUGUACAGGCUUGGCUUUGUACUAUUUUCCUGGGGGAGAGAAAGUCUUUCUUCUGUGCUAGUUGAUUCCUGUUUUUGUGGAGCAGCUAAGAAAACAUCUGUGGCAGGCAGAGAGAAAAAAAAAUUGACAAAGGAUUGACAAACACCAUUAGCUGAAAAUUUUCCAUUUCAUCGCAACUAUGUAUUGUUUAUUUUACUGUAAAUAUCUUAAUACAUCAUCCUCUGAAUAUGCUGGCAGGCUGACUGGGUCUCUGUGAUUUCAAUUAAGGUAUUAAGUCAUGAUGCAGGAAUCUGCAACAGAGACAAUAAGCAACAGUUCAAUGAAUCAAAAUGGAAUGAGCACUUUAAGCAGCCAAUUAGAGUCUGGCAGCAGAGAUAGCAGAUCAAGUGGUGACAGUAACAGUGAAGUAAGCACAUUAGAACUACUGCAUCUCCAACAACAGCAGGCUCUUCAGGCAGCGAGGCAGCUUCUUUUACAACAGCAAACAAGUGGACUCAAGUCUCCAAAGAAUAACGACAAACAGAGGCCACUGCAGGUGCCUGUUUCAGUGGCCAUGAUGACUCCCCAGAUAAUCACCCCUCAGCAAAUGCAGCAAAUACUUCAACAGCAAGUAUUGUCUCCACAGCAGCUACAAGCACUUCUACAGCAACAGCAAGCGGUUAUGUUACAACAGUCAAAAUGGUUUAUUCAGCAACAACUACAAGAGUUUUACAAGAAACAGCAAGAACAGUUACAUCUUCAGCUUUUGCAGCAGCAGCAACAACAGCAGCAGCAACAACAACAGCAGCAACAACAGCAGCAACAACAACAACAACAGCAACAACAACAACAGCAGCAGCAGCAGCAACAGCAGCAGCAGCAACAGCAACAACAACCACCACAGCCACAUCCAGGGAAGCAAGCAAAAGAGCAGCAGCAGUUAGCAGCCCAGCAGCUUGUCUUUCAACAGCAGCUACUACAAAUGCAGCAACUACAGCAGCAGCAACAUCUAUUGAACUUACAACGGCAGGGACUUAUAUCCAUCCCGCCCAACCAGUCUGCUCUUCCAGUCCAGUCUCUACCACAAGCUGGUUUAAGCCCCGCUGAGAUCCAGCAAUUGUGGAAAGAGGUGACUGGUGUUCACACUAUGGAAGACAAUGGCAUUAAACAUGGAGGGCUGGACCUCACUACUAACAAUUCCUCUUCUACUACCUCCACCACUUCCAAAGCAUCGCCACCAAUAACGCAUCAUUCCUUACUGAAUGGACAGUCUUCAGUGUUAAAUGCAAGACGAGACAGCUCGUCACAUGAGGAGACCGGGGCUUCGCACACUCUCUAUGGCCAUGGUGUCUGUAAGUGGCCGGGCUGUGAAAGCAUCUGUGAAGACUUUGGACAAUUUUUAAAGCACCUUAACAAUGAACAUGCAUUGGAUGACCGGAGUACUGCGCAAUGCCGAGUCCAAAUGCAGGUGGUUCAGCAAUUGGAAAUUCAGCUUUCUAAAGAACGUGAGCGUCUUCAAGCAAUGAUGACCCACUUGCACAUGCGACCCUCAGAGCCCAAGCCAUCUCCAAAACCUUUAAACUUGGUGUCUAGCGUUACCAUGUCUAAAAACAUGUUGGAGACAUCCCCUCAAAGCUUACCUCAAACCCCUACAACACCAACUGCCCCUGUCACGCCAAUUACCCAGGGACCCUCUGUAAUCACACCAGCCAGUGUACCCAAUGUUGGAGCCAUUCGAAGACGCCAUUCAGACAAGUACAACAUACCAAUGUCCUCAGAAAUCGCCCCGAACUACGAGUUUUAUAAAAACGCAGAUGUCCGACCGCCGUUCACUUAUGCAACUCUCAUAAGGCAGGCUAUCAUGGAAUCGAGUGACAGGCAGUUAACACUUAAUGAAAUUUACAGCUGGUUUACACGGACGUUUGCAUACUUCAGGCGAAAUGCCGCAACUUGGAAGAAUGCAGUUCGUCACAACCUCAGCCUGCACAAAUGUUUUGUUCGAGUGGAAAAUGUUAAAGGGGCUGUAUGGACAGUAGACGAAGCAGAAUAUCAGAAAAGAAGGUCACAGAAAAUUACAGGUAGCCCCACGUUAGUAAAAAACAUCCCCACAAGUCUAGGCUACGGAGCAGCUCUUAAUGCAAGUCUGCAGGCAGCUUUGGCAGAAAGUAGUUUACCUUUGUUGAGUAACACAGGUUUGAUAAACAAUGCAUCUAGUGGCUUACUACAAGCAGUCCACGAAGACCUCAACGGCUCACUGGAUCACAUGGACAGUAACGGGAACAGCAGUCCAGGCUGCUCCCCUCAACCACACAUAGUUUUGGAAUGUCAAGCUUUUUGGAGAACAUCCCCCAGAUCAUUCAAGUUCCUUGUCACUCCUCUUGACAAAAGGAUCAUUCCAGUCCCCUGUCAUUCCACUUUGAGAUUGUUCCAGUACCUACAACGACAUUCUAUUCAUGUCAAGGAAGAGCCAGUGAUUGCAGAUGACGAAGACUGCCCAAUGUCCCUUGUCACAACAGCAAACCACAGUCCAGAAUUGGAAGAAGACAGAGAGCUUGAAGAAGAGCCAUUGUCUGAAGAUCUGGAAUAAAAAGAGACUUGAGAGACCUCAAAUGAAGGGACAUAGCACUGACCUUCACAACCACUCCACAACCAUGAAUAUUUGACAGAUUUUUACUGUGACUAUUUAUUACGCAUGGAUAACGGAGACAGUCCUGAAGGAACUUGUUAAACCAGCCCUUUGGGAUUUAACACAACAGGCUAAGAGCUUGCUGACUUCUUUUUUUAAGACAAAAACUGAUUUUCGUGAAAAAAAAACAACAAAAAAACUGUUCUUUAUAUAAUGGCUUGUCCAUUUAAAAUAUGGCUCAAAAGGGUUCAUGAAAUGACUGAAUAUGAGGACACACGUUCUAUGGAAAGCAAAUGGCCUCAUAUACUGCCAAAAAAUAGUGUUAGUUUCAUCAAUGUGAAUCUCAAGCACACAGUAGAAAUAAUGUUAGAAACAAUUGCUGGUCAAGUUCAACUUGUUGCUAUUGUUUUUAAUUUGCACAGGAGUAGAAUCAAAUUAGUAUCACUGCUUGUUCUGACCGAAUUUAAAAUAACAAAAAAAAAAAAAAAAAACAAGCACAUUUUUUAUUUUAUAUAUUUUUCUUUGGUUGUUUUUUUCAGGGUUUUUUUUUUGUGGAUUUUUUUUGUGGAUUUUUUUAUGUUGGUGCCACCAACUGUAAAUGACAUAAAUUAGCUAUUACAAACCACAGUAAUUAGACUGUUGCAACCAUCUA